AUGGCGUCCAGUAUGCGUCGCUGGGGAACGGCGGCCUCACUCCUAGGAUGGCGUUGCCUGUGGCAGAGUAGAGCCUGCAUAACGGAGGCACACUUGCGGCGGGAAGUUCAGGAGGCCGUUUCUUGUUUGGGCACCAGUGCCUCACCGCCGUGGGUUGCCAUAUCACGGGUGUCAUCAAUUCUCUCAGACGAGGCACGUGAGGCCCUGGCGGAGUUGGGUGGACUGGCCGGUUUUUGUCGCCGUCCAGAAGAAUCGGGCGAAAAAAAAUUUGCCGUGAAGAUGGUGAAUGGUGUAUUGUGUGUAAGGCUGCUUGAUGUACAAAAAACUCCCGAGAAACCAUGCGUUGGAGUGGGUAGACGCAAUGAAUCAAUUGCACCGAAUGAAUUAUCCCAGGCGUGUAGUAUUCUCCCUGGGAAACCUGUUCCGCUGACUUCGUGCCAACGUGCUUGGAAAUUACCGACCAUGGAGGCAACGGAGGAAUACCUUGCAUCUUUGAUGAAGCGCGUGGAACUCAUUUUAAAGCGUCACACUAGUAAAGCUGAGUUGUCUCUGUAUGUGCAGGUCGGUUAUCAUGGCAAGGAAGCUUUAAUUGUUGCAUGUGGACCUCAGGCCGAGUCUAUAGUGAACCAAAGCUUCAAUGAAGAGGCACCACAUUGGGAAGCUGAAGACACUUCCCCUCAAUAUGAUCUGUGGCGUCUCUCGCGAUAUUUGCGAACGGACGGUUUUGUACCCAUCGGCGAGUUGAAAUCGUUUACCCAUGAUAUUCUUCAAACGCCAUUACUUCAGGUGGCCUUGUCAUAUCCACAACGCAUUUCCCUGUGGCUGGGCCCCAGCAUGUGCCUUGAAGCGGCUGAUGCGGAUCGGUUUUAUGUGAAUGGAGCUUCGUGCGAUGAGAUAAGGGAAGUUCUUGGAAUGAAGUUUGUCUUGUCUGAGGAGGAGGUGCAGCGGCACCUCACUUCGAAGAGCGAGAAGCUCAGCGGCUUAACGGACGCGGAGCUGCAGGAAGAACGUUUAAAACUCAGAAAUCUCCCUCCUUUGCGUCGGCAAAAGUUGCGUCGGUCAAUCGUGCGGGAGGAGUUUCGACGUUGUUUUCCGCUCGGAAACGCCUUCUUGAACCCUGAUGUUGUAGCGUUUCACAUUUAUGACCAGAUGUCGCCAGGGGUGUGGGUGAACAAUGCGAUGGUGCGUGAGACGAUGCUGCCGGACGGCGGCAAAGGCGCAAUGCACGUUGGAGUGGACUUCUUUGAUCAGUUCCCGCACCUUUUCAUAACCCAGAGCAUAACGACCACCUCACUCAAUGUGAUGCGACGGGAACAGGGAAUGGAGGAUGUUCCGAGCGAUGGGGAAAGCUGGAGGAACAAUGCUUUUAGCGAUGAGGAGAUCCUUCUGCUUCUAUUGCCACGUCUCAGCAAUAAAAAAGAGGAUUGGGGCGACAACAAAGCCAUCGACGUGUUAACAACACUUCUUCCACGCCAUUUGUUCAAGUACUUGCAGAACAACGGAGGGGCGAGAUCGCGACUGACCGCCAUACUCAAACGGUAUCCAGAGGCCUUUGAAGUUGUGGAAACGGAUGAGAAGGGCAACGGAGAGGAAUGGAAAAGAGUACAUUUGCACUACGAUGGUAUCGCAAAACUCGGCUCACGACUUGUGAAUCAAUUACAGGAAAAAGAGAAGAGCAAGACGUUGGCAAACAAUCAAGAAAAAGAAAACGAAGAGAACGGAGGGCCACGCUGA